GGUACACAAUCGGCGGUUCGUAUUUCCGCGCGGUUGUAUGCGAUAUGACUAGGUCAUAAUGUUGUCACCCUGCCGCCCAGCCGCCGAAAAGUGUGCGAGCGAACUUUGCACCUCCAGAGUGGGGACGGUCUCGCCACAGUCGUGCCUCCAGCGAUCCGCACCCGCCGCCAUGCAAAAGUCGUCGCUUCUAAGCCGUCUAGGCAACAUGUUGUUUUUCCGCCGUCUUGGCACUUUUAUUGGUAAACCACAUUUUUAAUCAACGCGAUCCGGUGAGCCUUCGCUGCUCACGAACUCAUCGUGUAUGUACGUUUUGUUGUUUUCUUCGCGUUUCGAGUUCUGGCCGUCCGCGCCGACACCGCGGCUUGAUUUAUUGUCCGCCGCCUGUCCGAGCUUCGCAGUGGGACCCCGGGCCGUGGUUGCCCACGUGUUUGCAGAUUGAGCCGCCCGUGUUCUUCUCAUGUCGCGCCGUGCGUAGUGCCGACAACGUGUAUCGCUCGACCGCCUGUGUCGUGAUACAACACCGUUUAUUAGUUUUUCCGUCGCUCGCCCGACUCGCUGUGCGUUUCGAGCCCUGCUCGCUUCGCACCCACGUGUUCCGCCCGCCCGUCCUACGCAGUGCGAACCGUGGUCAAGCCAUUUUUUUGUUGUCGUUUGUGCCGCGUCCCUACGCCGCGACAAUUAAUGUUUUCGCGUGACCGUUUCGCGAUCUCCCUCUAACGGAAAUACGAGUUCGUGUCCGCGUCGUCCAACACCUCGUCUUUACGUUUUGUACGCAGUGUCGUCGACCCAUUCGUCGAAAGCGACGGGAGUGCAAGUGACGCCAGCCCCGAUUGCCGCCCGCAGCUGUUGCAACGCUCCACUGGGUCAACUGCCGCGCCAUCGUCGUGGUAUCAUCUUCCGUCCUUAUCAGGUCGUACACACGCGAUUUAUUUGUCAACAAACACUAUUUUCUUUUGCAUUUGUAUUAUUUUUUUGUUUCUUGAUUUAUUGAUUCACGCGAUCGUAUGUGAUCGCGCUUAUAAUACUAACCCUAGUCAGUAAGAGAGUCUUUUGCAGAACACCACAAUAAAUUGUUCUGCACCAUAUUUAUCAACCCAUUGUUGUUAUUGUAAUUAGGUACCUCUCAUUCAUCACCUUAGCACUCAUACAUCCUAAAGAUUUGAACCUAGCUUUAAUACAGUCCACUUUCGAUCUCUCACUCUCCCCUCCUUACAGGGCUAUCGACAGGUACCUACGACUUAAGUAACUACACGCCCGACGCAUAACGUGUUGGCCGUCGUCCGUGCGCGCACGUAUCCGUCACCGGCUUUACAGGUGCAGCCGUCAUCCGCACAUUGUUUGGUCCUUCGGGCCGGAUUUAUUUUCGUGUAAUUACUUCGUCACAAUCGUACCUCAUCACGUAAUCAUUUAAUUUCGUAUUCGUAUCGUCAUGGCACCACUAAAGAAAGAAGAGGAUCCGGUAAAGGUUCUACUGCGAGGUCGCGUCAAACGCGAUAACAUAUUAAAUUCGGUUAAAAAUAUUCACGCCACAGCAUUAGAGGCACGCGCUGAUAUUGGGAAAAUACCGUCGUUAAUUAUUCACGCUGAAGAACUAAAUAAGUUCGUCGAACAAUUUCAACAUCAACAAGACAUCAUUAUUAACGCAUUAAUCGACGCCGACCGUAUUGCUGAGUUUGAACAGGUUGAUCGUCCGUUGAUUACUUCCAUGGAAUCCAUGCGUCUUGAAAUAAAAACAAUUGUCGCGAGUGCCGUUCCUGUGUCUACUUCCGAAAGUAAAUCGUCGUCUUCGUCGUUCACCAAUUCCGUGCCACAACAACAAUUCGUCGCGUUACCUAAAAUUAAAUUACCUAUGUUCGACGGCAACUUACUAUCGUGGCGAUCGUUUCGCGAUAUAUAUAUAUCACUCGUACAUGAUAACCAACACAUAGAUGACGCACAGCGUUUUCAUCACUUACUGUCGUGUCUAUCUGGUUCAGCGUUGGCUAUUAUUAAAUCUAUACCGUUGUCCGCGGCUAACUACCCGAUCGCGUGGGACGCGUUGUCCGAGCGUUACAACAAUAAACGUUUGUUAGCUUCCGCUCACAUGGACAAAUUAUUCGCCUUUAAACCAAUCGCUCAUGAAUCACUACCAGCUUUAAUUGAGUUCGUCAAUACAUUUAAGGAAAAUGUAUCAAUAAUUAAAUCGCUGGGGGUCGAUGACCUUUCGAGUUUUUUGCUGUUCCAUAUGUGCUCUCGCGUUCUCGACCCGACCACGUUACAACUGUUCGAAUCUAGUACGUCACAGUCAACUAUUCCGACUUUUGACGAAUUAAUAAAUUUUGUGCAACAUCGAUGUAAGAUUUUGGAAAAUCUUACAAAAUCUAAUAAAGUCGGUCGCAACGAAAAACCGUUCGAAAAACCGGAUGUUCGCGGUAAACAUACCAAAUCGACUAAAUCAGUGUUCGCUGCUACUACGUCCGCUUCGACUAAAUUUAAGACUAGGAAUUGUUUAUAUUGUGAUAAGCCCGAUCAUAGAAUAUAUCAAUGUCCGAAACUCACCGGAAUGACUGUUGAUAAACGACGAGACGUUGUAUUAGCUCGUAAAUUGUGUUUCGCGUGUUUGAGUUCGAGUCAUAUGGUCAAUACGUGUCCGUCGACCAAGGGUUGUUUUUCGUGCAACAGUAAGCGUCAUCACACCCUACUACAUCGUGAACAAAAUCAAACGUCAACUGUAGAUAAUACGACUUCGAAUAGUACCCCGGUACCCCAACCCACCACGUCGAGUGGUAAUUCUAGCUCGUUUGUCGGUGCCGCCUGCACCAAUUCUACCGUCGUACUAGGUACAGCGAUUGUUCACAUUAAAGAUGCGUGGGAACAAGUACAUUGCGUACGCGUACUGCUCGAUAGUGGCUCGCAGAUUUCCGCCAUGACUAGUGAUUGUGCAGCGCGGCUUGGACUUUCGAAACGUCGUUACAAGUCUGACAUCGUAGGUUUCGCACAAAGUCCUGUGUCCCACGUUCAAGGUAUAACCCGCUGUCAAUUUUCGUCACACGUUAAACCAGAUUAUUUAUUCCCGUCUGUUGACUUAGUUGUUCUAAAACAAAUUACCACUGCCAUGCCAGCUACUCGGUUACCAGCGACCGUGCGUCAACAAUAUCAACACCUUCGACUCGCCGAUGACAAAUUCGACACUCCGUCUCGCAUCGACGUUUUAUUCGGUGCGGAUAUCCUACCAAGUCUGAUCCGCCCACACGCGGGUGUGGAACAUCAUUCGGGUUUACCAUCGGCCCUUGACACUCAGCUUGGCUGGAUAAUUUUCGGUUCAUUUUCUACUCCGAACAAGUCACCUCCAGUCACGCUGACCACCGCAGUCGCUCCGCCCUCAAUCGAAGAUUUAAUUAAAAAAUUCUGGUUGAUCGAAGAACCCGCCGCACCGUCGUCACCUACCACGGAAGACCAGUGGUGUGAAGAGUAUUUUACUAAGUCUACCUCGCGUGAUACGACAGGUCGAUUUUGUGUCGCCCUACCAUUUCGCCAUUUGUUCAUCGGCCCAACUCAACAGCAUGGUACAUCGCAUCACGGUCUCGGUGAUUCGCGUUCUAUAGCGCUGAAAAGAUUCUAUAAUCUAGAAAAGCGAUUAGCCAAGGAUCCCGUGCUGUAUGCGGCGUAUCGUCAGUUCAUGUCCACCUACCGUUCGCUGGGACACAUGGUGCCAGCCCCGUCACCGGGCAUCUAUUUUAUUCCGCAUCAUGCCGUAUUCAAAGCCGACGGUGACAUGUCCAAAAUACGUGUCGUGUUCGACGCAUCAUCCGCCUCGUCAUCCGGUCGCUCCUUGAACGAUAUAUUGUGCACCGGACCGAAGCUGCAAGUCGAUCUACGCGAUAUUCUACUCCGCUGCCGUAUGCAUCGAUAUAUUCUGUCCGCCGACAUUGUCAAAAUGUACCGACAAAUGUUAAUUCGUCCAGAAGACAGGGCAUUUCAACAUAUUUUUUGGCGUGACGCGCCUAGCGACGACGUCGUUGAAUUUCAAUUGUGUACCAUCACGUACGGCCUCAACUGUGCGCCGUAUCUAGCCAUACGUUGUCUACACGAGCUCGACAGCCAAGACGGUAAUCGGUUUCCGUUAGCCAAAGACGUUCUCACCAGAACCGCCUACGUCGAUGAUAUCGUCAUCGGCGCCGACACUGAAGAGCUAUUGUUACGUCGAAAAACGGACAUCGUCGGUCUACUGCGCAGCUGUGCCUGCGAGUUGAGUAAGUGGACCAGCAAUAGCACCGCCGUACUCGAGUCUGUUCCUUCCGGGGACCGAGUACAGGCCAUAUCAUUCGACCCUCAAGAAGAACACGCCGUGAAAGUUCUCGGCCUGCACUGGGACACGAACACCGACAAAUUUGUUUAUCAUACCAGCCUUCAACAGACUUCGUCUACGAAACGAGAAGUGUUGUCCGUCAUUGCCCGCCUAUUCGACCCCAUCGGCGCCCUGGGACCAAUGCUACUGUGGGCAAAGUGUUUUAUGCAGCUUUUGUGGAGCAAGAAACUCGGGUGGGACGAUCCGAUGCCUGACGAGUUGCAAUCCAUGUGGCAACAGUUCUGCACAGAAUUACCACUUGUGUUCGAUUUAAGCCUACCACGUCACAUCGAAGCCACUUGUCAACAGGACAUCCAGCUGCUAGGCUUCGCAGACGCGUCGAUCAAAGGAUAUGCGGCUACCAUUUACCUUCGUCUCGUCGAUGCCGCCGGCAAUAUUUCUGUAAAAUUCAUUACCUGUAAAACUAAGGUUGCGCCUUUGAAGAGCUCGACCGCCGACGAGUCGCUAUCGAUACCACGCCUAGAACUGUGCGGUGCUCUGUUAUUGGCCCGUACCCUUCACCAUGUGCAUUCUGUUCUGUCCAGCGAAGUUCCCGUAUCUCGUUUGCGAGCAUGGUCAGACUCAUCGGUCGUCUUGUCAUGGUUGACGUCGGACCAAAAACAUUUCAAGAUCUUUGUAACAAAUCGAGUUGCAAAAAUAAGUCAAUUGCUACCUGGUUGUAUGUGGAGUUACGUCUCGACCAACGACAACCCCGCGGAUCCAGCUUCUCGUGGACUGUUGCCGAAAUCAAUGUUGUCCUCGUCCAUCUAUUGGAACGGUCCUGACUUCCUACGACUUCCCGAAGACCAGUGGCCCCAAUCGAGAUUUAUUCCGCUCACACCAGACCAGCUGCCGGAGACCCGACCGAAUGUCAUCACGACGUUGGCCGUCAAUGUUCAUCCGCCUUCACUCGAAUUUAUUGACCGAUUUUCGUCGCUCGGUAAAAUGCUGCGUGUAUUGUCAUACAUAUUGCGCUACCUGUGUCACCGUCUACGUCGACAACCUGUCCGCGUCGGUCCAAUCACGUUUACCGAACGGGAAAGAUCGUUAUCGAUCGCCGUGCAACGCACACAACAAGUUUAUUUUUCAGACUUGAGAAAAAUGUUAAAAAAUGAAUCCAUGAUUUCGCCGCCGUCCCUGGCACAACUAGCACCUUACGUCGACGAAAAGGGUAUCAUUCGAGUCGGAGGCCGUCUUCGCUUCGCUAGUGCCAGUCAGGACGCGAAGCACCCGAUUUUGCUGCCGCGAUCCUCACACCUCACCGAGCUGAUUAUUCGCCACUACCACCUGUCAUUUCUGCACGGCGGCUCAAAAUUAGUACUGUCAAUGUUAAGCCAAAAAUUUUGGAUUUUGUCGGGUCGCGCUGCGGUUCGACGUGUCAUAUUUUCGUGCGUUCCGUGCACCCGUCACAAGGCUGUCCGCCCUCAGCCGAUGAUGGCAGAUUUACCGUCCUACCGGGUCCAACCGCAUCGACCUUUUUCGCACGUCGGGAUGGAUUACGGAGGCCCGUUCUUCGUGAAAGAACAUCGCCGUCGGAAUGCGCAAUCAGUCAAGGUCUACUUAGCAUUAUUCAUCUGUAUGUCCGUUAAGGCAGUCCACCUCGAAAUCGUGUCGGAUUUGAGCACGGAGGCCUUCCUUGCAGCCUUAGACCGUUUCGUCGCCCGUCGCGGCAUCCCGUCCAACAUUUAUUCGGACUGUGGGACAAAUUACGUCGGCGCCGCGCGCCAGCUGAAAACGUUGUUCCGUGAUGCCAAAGUUCAAGAUCGUCUGUCAUCACAUCUGACCUGUGCGUGGCACUUCAACCCGCCCGCCGCCCCACAUUUCGGUGGAAUUUGGGAGGCUGGCAUCAAAAGCACCAAAUAUCAUUUCAAGCACGCCAUCGGUCAACAGGUGUUGACAUAUGAGGAGUUCCUCACCUUGACCACCCGCAUUGAGGGUAUUUUAAACUCGAGACCAAUCACGCCAACAUCAUCCGAUCCGCACGACUUGAGUGCGCUAACGCCCGGGCACUUUCUGAUAGGACAGCCGCUUCAAGCUUUACCCGAACCUGACCUCACCGACGUCCAAAUCAACAGGCUGAAUCGUUGGCAACUCAUUCGACAGUGUCAUCAAUCCUACUGGAAACGGUGGUCACGUGAAUAUUUAUCUACACUACAAGGACGACACAAAUGGUUCAAGUCAUCUCCGAAUUUGACGAUCGGUGACAUGGUCAUCGUUGAGGCCCCCUCUCGACCACCAACUGAGUGGCGUCUCGGUCGUGUCACCGAGGUCCACCCGGGAUCAGACGAGGUUGUUCGCGUCGUGUCCGUGCGCACGCAGGACGGUGUCUACAAACGUCCGGUAGUGAAACUUGUGCGUUUACCAGUCGAGCCCUGAUCUUAUCCUCAUCUCCCAAGGUCCUCAUUGUUUAUUAUUCUUUAUUUUUUUUGUGUGUGCAACAGUCACAUUCUCGUUCAUGUUAUUUAUUUAUUUGUCUAUUGAUGAGUGUCAGGUACAAUGUAAUUUUUUUUUAAUUAUUAUUUAUUUCCAUGUUAUCAUGUAUUUUUUUUUUUUCUCGCACCGUAUUUGUUGUAAUGUGUAUGAUCUGAACUUCAACGUCCAUAUUCAUGUUUGAUGAUCUCUUGAAAGACGCCCUGGUCUUUCAACGCGGGGAGGAAAUGUUGGGUACACAAUCGGCGGUUCGUAUUUCCGCGCGGUUGUAUGCGAUAUGACUAGGUCAUAAUGUUGUCACCCUGCCGCCCAGCCGCCGAAAAGUGUGCGAGCGAACUUUGCACCUCCAGAGUGGGGACGGUCUCGCCACAGUCGUGCCUCCAGCGAUCCGCACCCGCCGCCAUGCAAAAGUCGUCGCUUCUAAGCCGUCUAGGCAACAUGUUGUUUUUCCGCCGUCUUGGCACUUUUAUUGGUAAACCACAUUUUUAAUCAACGCGAUCCGGUGAGCCUUCGCUGCUCACGAACUCAUCGUGUAUGUACGUUUUGUUGUUUUCUUCGCGUUUCGAGUUCUGGCCGUCCGCGCCGACACCGCGGCUUGAUUUAUUGUCCGCCGCCUGUCCGAGCUUCGCAGUGGGACCCCGGGCCGUGGUUGCCCACGUGUUUGCAGAUUGAGCCGCCCGUGUUCUUCUCAUGUCGCGCCGUGCGUAGUGCCGACAACGUGUAUCGCUCGACCGCCUGUGUCGUGAUACAACACCGUUUAUUAGUUUUUCCGUCGCUCGCCCGACUCGCUGUGCGUUUCGAGCCCUGCUCGCUUCGCACCCACGUGUUCCGCCCGCCCGUCCUACGCAGUGCGAACCGUGGUCAAGCCAUUUUUUUGUUGUCGUUUGUGCCGCGUCCCUACGCCGCGACAAUUAAUGUUUUCGCGUGACCGUUUCGCGAUCUCCCUCUAACGGAAAUACGAGUUCGUGUCCGCGUCGUCCAACACCUCGUCUUUACGUUUUGUACGCAGUGUCGUCGACCCAUUCGUCGAAAGCGACGGGAGUGCAAGUGACGCCAGCCCCGAUUGCCGCCCGCAGCUGUUGCAACGCUCCACUGGGUCAACUGCCGCGCCAUCGUCGUGGUAUCAUCUUCCGUCCUUAUCAGGUCGUACACACGCGAUUUAUUUGUCAACAAACACUAUUUUCUUUUGCAUUUGUAUUAUUUUUUUGUUUCUUGAUUUAUUGAUUCACGCGAUCGUAUGUGAUCGCGCUUAUAAUACUAACCCUAGUCAGUAAGAGAGUCUUUUGCAGAACACCACAAUAAAUUGUUCUGCACCAUAUUUAUCAACCCAUUGUUGUUAUUGUAAUUAGGUACCUCUCAUUCAUCACCUUAGCACUCAUACAUCCUAAAGAUUUGAACCUAGCUUUAAUACAGUCCACUUUCGAUCUCUCACUCUCCCCUCCUUACAGGGCUAUCGACAGGUACCUACGACUUAAGUAACUACACGCCCGACGCAUAACGUGUUGGCCGUCGUCCGUGCGCGCACGUAUCCGUCACCGGCUUUACAGGUGCAGCCGUCAUCCGCACAAUAUAUAUUAUUUAUUAAUAAUAUAAGUAUGCUAUAGACUAAAGUCCCCACUCCCAUUACGACUUCAAAGUACGGAUACUGUUACAAUUCCGGUGGAAAGACGUCCGAC